AUGUCGGGCCAAACGCUCACGGAUCGGAUCGCCGCGGCUCAGUACAGCGUGACAGGCUCCGCUGUAGCCAGAGCGGUCUGCAAAGCCACCACUCAUGAAGUGAUGGGCCCCAAGAAAAAGCACCUGGACUAUUUGAUCCAGGCUACCAAUGAGACCAAUGUUAAUAUUCCUCAGAUGGCAGACACGCUCUUUGAGCGGGCAACGAACAGUAGCUGGGUGGUUGUAUUUAAAGCUUUAGUCACUACACAUCAUCUCAUGGUGCAUGGAAAUGAGAGAUUUAUUCAGUAUUUGGCUUCUAGAAAUACACUCUUCAAUCUCAGCAAUUUUUUGGACAAAAGUGGAUCCCAUGGUUAUGACAUGUCUACCUUCAUAAGGCGCUAUAGUAGAUAUUUGAAUGAAAAGGCUUUCUCUUACAGACAGAUGGCAUUUGAUUUUGCCAGAGUGAAGAAAGGGGCUGAUGGUGUCAUGAGGACGAUGGCUCCCGAGAAGCUGCUGAAGAGUAUGCCCAUACUGCAGGGACAGAUUGAUGCACUGCUGGAAUUUGAUGUGCAUCCAAAUGAACUAACAAAUGGGGUCAUAAAUGCUGCAUUUAUGCUUCUUUUCAAAGACCUUAUCAAACUUUUUGCUUGUUACAACGAUGGAGUGAUUAAUUUACUUGAAAAGUUUUUUGAAAUGAAGAAAGGACAGUGUAAAGAUGCUCUGGAAAUCUACAAACGAUUUCUAACUAGGAUGACACGCGUGUCUGAAUUUCUCAAAGUUGCAGAGCAAGUCGGCAUUGAUAAAGGUGACAUUCCUGACCUCACUCAGGCUCCCAGCAGUCUUAUGGAGACCCUUGAACAGCAUCUAAAUACAUUAGAAGGAAAGAAACCUGGAAACAAAUCUGGUGCUCCCUCUCCAUUAAGUAAGUCUUCUCCAGCCACAACUGUUACGUCGCCUAAUUCUACACCAGCUAAAACUAUUGACACAUCGCCUCCAGUUGAUUUGUUUGCAACUGCAUCGGCAGCUGUACCAGUCAGCACUUCGAAACCGUCUAGCGAUCUCCUGGACCUCCAGCCAGACUUUGCCCCUGCAGGGGCAGCGGCAGCGGCAGCAGCACCAGCACCACCUUCAGGAGGCGCCACUGCGUGGGGAGACCUUUUAGGAGAGGAUUCUCUGGCUGCACUUGCCUCUGUUCCCUCUGAAGCGCAGAUCUCAGAUCCGUUUGCACCAGAACCUACUCCUCCUGCUACAACUGCUGAAACUGCAGCGGCUGCAGCCUCUGCCUCAACCACCACAACUGUCACUGCUGUCACUGCUGACGUCGAUCUCUUUGGAGAUGCCUUUGCAGCUUCUCCCGGGGAGGCCCCUACAGCAUCCGAAGGGGCCACUGCGCCGGCCCCCCCAACCCCCGUAGCAGCGGCACUUGACGCUUGUUCAGGAAAUGACCCUUUUGCCCCGUCUGAAGGUAGUGCGGAGGCUGCACCCGAGCUGGACCUCUUUGCCAUGAAGCCACCCGAGACCAGUGUUCCUGUAGUUACCCCUACAGCUAGCGCAGCCCCUCCGGUUCCCGCCACUGCUCCUUCUCCUGCCCCCGCCGUCGCGGCCGCCGCUGCCGCCACCACCGCUGCCUCCACCGCCGCCGCCGCCGCCGCCGCCGCCGCCGCCGCCGCCGCCACCUCCGCUCCUCCCGCUCUAGAUAUCUUUGGUGAUUUGUUUGAGUCUGCUCCUGAAGUCGCCCCCGCGCCUAAGCCAGAGGCUGCUCCUAGCAUAGACCUGUUCGGGACAGAUGCUUUCUCCUCUCCACCACAAGGGGCCUCUCCUGUGCCUGAGAGCUCUCUCACUGCUGACCUCCUAUCCGUGGAUACAUUUGUAGCACCAUCUCCUGCAACCACUGCCUCGCCAGCAAAAGUGGAUUCUUCAGGUGUGAUAGACCUUUUUGGGGAUGCAUUCGGAAGUAGUGCUUCUGAACCCCAACCUGCACCUCAGGCUGCUUCUAGCUCGUCAGCAUCGGCAGACCUACUAGCUGGAUUUGGGGGUUCUUUCAUGGCUCCUUCUCCAUCUCCAGUGACUCCAGCUCAGAAUAACCUGCUACAGCCCAAUUUUGAGGCAGCUUUUGGAACAACGCCUUCAACUUCUAGCAGCAGCUCCUUUGAUCCUUCAGUGUUUGAUGGUCUAGGUGAUCUUCUGAUGCCAACCAUGGCACCAACUGGGCAGCCUGCACCCAUCUCACUGGUACCACCAAGUCCUGCAAUGGCGGCAAGCAAAGCCCUUGGGAGUGACCUUGACUCAUCUCUUGCCAGCUUAGUAGGCAAUCUUGGAAUUUCUGGUACCACAUCCAAAAAGGGAGAUCUUCAGUGGAAUGCUGGAGAGAAGAGGUUGACUGGAGGAGCCAACUGGCAGCCGAAAGUAGCCCCCGCCACCUGGUCGGCAGGCGUUCCACCCAGCGCACCCUUGCAAGGAGCUGUACCUCCAACCAGUUCAGUUCCUCCUGUUGCCGGGGCCCCAUCUGUCGGACAACCUGGAGCAGGGUUUGGAAUGCCUCCGGCGGGGACGGGCAUGCCCAUGAUGCCUCAGCAGCCUGUCAUGUUUGCACAGCCCAUGAUGAGGCCACCCUUUGGAGUUGCAGCUGUACCUGGCACACAGCUUUCUCCAAGCCCUACACCUGCCUCUCAGAGUCCCAAGAAACCUCCAGCAAAGGACCCAUUAGCGGAUCUUAACAUCAAGGAUUUCUUGUAA